GAUGAACCAGUAGGUGCACAAAUUCCCUCCAUGUUUUUGAAUUUUAUUGCUAGUGACAUUGAUUGGAAAUACAAUACAGAACCAGAAAAAUCUGCCUGUUUAUCGUCCGAAGGCCAACGUUGCUAUUGGCCCAGAGGUAAAGUAUUGGGAGGCACUUCAGUGUUAAACGGCAUGAUGUAUAUACGAGGAAAUCGUGAAGAUUAUGAUGAUUGGGCUGCUUUGGGUAAUCCUGGUUGGAGUUAUAAAGAUGUUUUGCCGUUCUUUAAGAAAUCCGAAAAUAAUUUACAAAUUGACGAAGUGGGCAAGGAGUUGCAUGCCACCGGAGGUUUAAUGCCAGUAUCAAAGUUCCCCUAUAACCCACCAUUGUCAUAUGCGAUUUUGAAGGCUGGCGAGGAAUUGGGUUUCACUGUCCACGAUUUGAACGGCAAAAAUUCCACCGGCUUCAUGAUUGCCCAGAUGACUUCCCGCAAUGGUAUACGCUACAGUUCGGCUCGCUCCUUUUUAAGACCUGCUCGCUUGCGCAACAAUCUACACAUUCUAUUGAAUACCACAGCCACAAAAGUUUUAAUACAUCCCGGUACAAAGACAGUUUUGGGUGUUGAGGUUAUCGAUCAGUUUGGCAGUAUGCGUAAAAUUUUGGUCAAAAAGGAAGUUGUCGUCAGUGGCGGUGCAGUAAAUUCACCCCAAAUUUUGCUGUUGAGUGGUGUGGGUCCCAAAGAGGAUUUGGCGAAGGUUGGCGUACGCCCCAUACAUGAUCUGCCCGGUGUGGGUAAAAAUUUGCACAAUCAUGUUGCCUAUUUUACAAAUUUCUUUAUCGAUGAUGCCGACACUGCUCCUCUCAACUGGGCCACUGCUAUGGAAUAUCUACUAUUCCGCGAUGGUUUAAUGUCUGGUACUGGUAUCUCUGAUGUAACAGCCAAAAUGGCUACACGAUUUGCUGACAAACCCGGUGUACCUGAUUUACAGUACUAUUUUGGUGGUUAUUUGGCCAGUUGUGCUCGUACGGGACAAGUUGGUGAACUGCUAUCGAAUAACUCACGUAGUAUACAAAUAUUCCCCGCUGUAUUGAAUCCAAAAUCCAGAGGUUAUAUUACAUUGGCAUCCAAUGAUCCUUUGGCUCCACCUCGUAUAUUUGCCAACUAUUUGACGGACGAAAGAGAUGUCAAAGUUUUGGUAGAUGGCAUUAAAUUUGCCAUUAGAUUGUCUCAGACCACGCCCAUGAAACAAUACGGCAUGCGUUUAGAUCGCACAGUUGUAGAGGGCUGUGAGAAGUUUACCUUUGGUUCGGAUGAAUACUGGGAGUGUGCGGUGAAACAAAAUACUGGACCCGAAAAUCAUCAAGCUGGUUCCUGUAAAAUGGGUCCUGGACGUGAUCCCAUGGCUGUAGUGGAUCAUGAGUUGAGAGUGCAUGGCAUAAGAGGCUUGAGGGUAAUGGACACUAGUAUAAUGCCCAAAGUAACAGCUGGUAAUACUCAUGCUCCCGCAGUAAUGAUUGCUGAAAAGGGUGUGUAUAUGAUUAAACGUGCCUGGGGCGCCAAGGUCUGACGAUUGGACGCAACAUGGACACUGCAUAGAGUAAUUUAAAUUAAUACUAAAAAAAAAUGGAAAAA